AUGCAUGCGCGGAGGCGCCGGCCCAGCUCAGAGUCAUGGAACGUGCAGAGAGCACCCCCCGCCCCCAGAACGGCUCAGACCUCUCGAAGACGAUUCACUUACCCUCCAACAAAUACCUUGCACCAUGCCAUGACAUGCUGUGCGGUGUUGUGUUCUGCGCCGCUGUGCGACACCAUGCUUUGUGUUGCAAUGCUUCAUGAUGAAAAGCUUCACUGCGCAUUCCACCGUUGGUCAUACACACUGCGCACCUCUCAGAUCCGCGGCGCCUCGCCAUCGCAGUGGAGGAUCUUUCGGUUGCGCCUGAAUUUCCCCGUGGGCGCGGGGAAGGGCACCUCGCUGCCCUUCGAGAAGACGGCCGGCUUCCAGGCGUCGGGGACGUGCGCCUGCAUCACCGGGAGGCUGCGGUAA